ACAUCUAUAGCUAGUGUAAGUUUGUAUUAAGACAUUACUUUGAGUGGAGUGGAUGAGUAUGUUGAUUGUUAUUUAUGCUUUUCUGCAAAAUGGUAUAGAAUUGCAAAUAUGAUAUAUCAAAAGAAAUUAUAUGACAUAUGCAAUUGUUUUACUGAAUCUGCUUCUAAAUUUAGAACUGAAUUUUUAUUAGUUUGUUAUGCUGGUUGUUGCUAUGCUAUUGUCACAGCAAUCCCGUGUCAUUUUGACCAUGUUGUCUUGCACUAUAACUUGGCUUUUCUUGUUUUAGUUGGUUCUCACUAAAUUUGCUUACAGAUUGCCAUCACUCAAGAUGUUUAAUGCAUGCGACAAAAACAAAGAGUAAUCUCGGUUUUAUUUUGGCAAUUUCUACAUUUUAUUUGCUCUAAUUUUAGUUCAUUUAUUUACAUGCUUUGCUAUUUGCUGCCAAAAAGUAAACAAUGUUUCUUUAUUUUUAGUGGAAUCAAUGUUUUCUUGUUGAUAUAUUUGUGAAAUUUACUUAUUUUUCUCUCAUGUGUCAUGUGUGCAUCCUGUUCUUGUGGUUUCAAACGUAUGAAAAGCAUCAAAUUGCCCUGUUGACUCUUUUUUUUUUCUUUAAAGGCUAGGCUUGUGAGUAUUGGUUGCUCAAGAACUUUGAGUUUGGCAUGGAGAUUGGUUUGUUCACUCUGCACUUUUUCUACUUUGUUCCUUUUACUUGAUUUUGUUCAGAAUUAUUAUAUUAUGGCUAUUACUUUGUUCAACUUACCCUGAUUGCUUGGAGAAAAUGCUUUUGAUAUUUCUUGUCUCAUUUCAUUGUCAUGUGGAUGUUUGUAGGAUUGAUGAAUGGAUUGAUCUUACCAUCUUGCAAACUACUUAGAGUGUGUUGACUCGUCCAUCUUAAGUUAGAGUUCUGAAAAUGGUCAAGAGGAAGAUUACUGGAGAUUUUCCUUUUAUGAUUCUCAUAUUAGAAGUGAACUGAAGGUAGAAAAAGCUAAAAAUGUUACAUAAGUUAGAAAAGUUAUUAUGCUAAAAUUAUUUAAUGUUUAGAUUUAGUGAUUUAUAGUAGAGUCUUGACUAGUUUACAUGAAUGUAUAUACUAUAUUGAUGUUACAUGAUGAUCAUUGAGUUAUAAAAUUAUUGUACUUUC